AAACAUUUUUACCUUUCUUUAUUUUUCGCUCAUCCCUCCUUUUCCUAUCUUACCGGUACGAUAUAUAUACCUACCGGUCUGUGUUGUUCGUGCAUCUUCCCGUCUCUUCUCCAAGUUUGCUAGACGCAAGAUAACGCAAGGCAGCCUACAAGAAAAUCAACCAGUCGUUUAGUGUGUGACGUCACUCUUUUUUCCGCGGAAGUUAGAUCAAAGUCCCUCAUAAGAUACAGGGAUAUAUGAUAUAAAAUAGAGGAGAACAGCCGGAAUUAUUGAGGUGUCACCAUCAAAACCUCGGGAGUAUCACCAUCAUUGUCAUCUUAAUAUUACUAGAUACACGAAGAACGACAUGGCUCAGCAAAACGGAACCAAUGGCACAAAUGGCGUUAACGGGACGCUUCCCGCGCUGCGCACGCAACCUAAAGCCAUUUUCUUCACCGACUUCGACGGCACCAUCACGUUACAGGACAGCAACGACUUCAUGACUGAUAACCUGGGAUUUGGCGUGGAACUCCGGAAAAAGGGGAACCAUGACGUACUAUUCGGGAAGCGUACAUUCCGUGAUAGCUUCCAAGAGAUGAUGGACAGCGUCAAGACCCCUUACGACCAAUGCAUUGCCACACUUCUCAAGAAUGUUCAACUCGACCCCUGCUUUGCCGAGUUCUUCAAGUGGACCCGUGAGAAUAAUGUUCCAGUCGUUGUGUUGAGCGGUGGUAUGCAACCUAUCAUCCGUGCUUUGCUCGCUCAUCUUGUUGGAGAGGAUGCUGUUCAGCAUAUGCAGAUUGUUAGCAAUGAUGUUGAAGCCCGACCGGGUAAGACUAUCAACGACGAGGAUGGUUGGAAUAUUAAGUACCACGAUGGCAGUGACUUUGGACAUGACAAGUCCCUCGAGAUUAAACCGUAUGCUGCUCUACCAGAACGGCCUAUUAUGUUCUACGCCGGAGACGGUGUAUCUGAUCUUUCCGCGGCGAAAGAGACUGACCUGCUAUUCGCUAAGGCGGGGCGAGACCUCGUCACAUACUGUGAAAACGAGAAGGUGCCCUUCGUCACUUUCAACGAUUUCUCCGACAUCCACAAGGUUGUCGCGGAUGUAGUCGAGGGAAAGAUCAGCGUUAGGGACGCAGCGAAAGGAAGACUAUAGAUUCGGACAUCUUAGAUCUAGAAGGGUGAACAUUUACCCCUUUCUCUUCAAACUUUAGAGAAGAAAAGCCUGCAUCAUCUCUAGGUACCAUUCAGGCUAGACAGCAUCGUCUAGGCAAAUUCCGGUUGGCAUGAUAGACAUUACCCAUAGACGGGCGGAUAGAUAGGUAGAUGGGUAGUGAUCUCAUAUUACCUCGAAGUUGAGCCAGUGUCCAUCAAGGACCUAGCUUCCGGUAUUACUAAGCAUGCAUUUUUUAGAGCUUUAGACAGUCAUCGCGAUCAAUUGAACGGAUGUCUAUUAGUAUGAGUUGAAUAUGAACUGAGUGAUUCUCUCC